AUGUUACACAGCAACGGUACAUCACCAAUAAAUAAAACUACAAAUAACAACAGUGGUUCAUCGACAAAAAAAAUCAUGGGUCGUAAAAAAAUCAAUAUAACACGUAUUAUUGACGAGCGUACUCGUCAAGUAACAUUUACGAAAAGAAAAUUUGGUUUAAUGAAAAAAGCCUAUGAAUUAUCAGUUUUAUGUGGUUGUGAAAUAGCUUUAAUGAUAUUUAAUAGCAAUGAUCGUUUAUUUCAAUAUGCAUCAUCCGAUAUGGAUAAAGUUUUAUUAAAAUAUGCUGAUUAUAAUGAACCACAUGAAUCCUGUACAAAUGUCGAUAUAAUCGAUAUCUUAAAUAAAAAAGUUAAACCAACACAAAUGACAAUAUCGAAUAAUAAUAAUGAAGAUAAUGAAAUCAUGGAUCAACAUGAUGAUAAUAGUGGUGAGCAAACUGAUAGUGGUAUUAGUAGUACAUUUACUAAUGAUAUCGAACAAAUGUUUGCUGAUACAGUUAAUAAUUUUCUUGUUAAUAGCAAUAUUAAUUGUUCAUCAACAAAUGGACAUGAUGUAACAUUCCUUAAUAAUACUAAUACUACUGUUUUACCAGAUUUUCAAUAUUUGACAUCUCCAUCAAACGAACAACAAUUAACACCACCACCGCCACCAUUACAACAGACAACAACAACAACAACGAAUUACAUUCCCAUUUAUCCUAUUCCGAAAUCUGUUGAUUGUAAUCAGUAUGGGAAUAACAUUACCAAUAAUAAUCAUUCGAAUAUAAAUCAUAUUAAACAGCAACAGCAACAGCAACAACAACAACAACAACAACAACCAUCAAUGAACAGUUAUACUAAUCAACAACCAAUAACAAAUAUUGGUCGUAUCAUGACAGUUGGGCCGGAUAUGAGUGUUUCAGCGAUUGAUAUAAAUGCCCUUGCAUCACAAUUAACAUCGAAUUUUUUAGCAUCAUUAACUAAUGCUGCUGUUGUAACAAAUAAUAAUAAUAAUAAUAAUACUAAUAAUAAUUUAGCAUCAAACUUACCUAUUAAUAUAAUCAAUCGUGAUUGUCAAACAACAAAUGUUGGUACAACUCAAACAAUAAUGUUAACAAAUAGUCCAAAUUCAAUUAUUCUUACUGGCCAACAUCAACAACAACAACAACAACAACAACAAUCGAUAAAUCGAAAUUUAAUUAAACAAGAACCAAUUCUCUAUACUACAACAACAGCAACAAAUACUGGAAGAAAUGACUUGUGCUAUGAGCCAACGAGUUCGAAACAAACUCGUUUAUGGCAAUAA